AUGAAUGGGCGCUAUGGCCAGGAGGAUCAAGAAGAGAAGGUCGGGCUCAACGUCCACCAUCGAGUCCACCACAAUCAGAGCAGUUUCGACUCGCUAGAUCAGCUUCCACCAGGAGCUCUGACGCCUGUUCGGGCCGGUGAAAUUCCUCUGGAGGACUAUGGGUAUCAUUUUUCAACGGCUCGGUCGUCUCUCAAUCCAGAAUCGUUUGCCAAUGCUUCUCUCGACUCUCGUUCAGCGUCACCAUCUCUGGUAAUUACAGGCCCGCUCCUUCGUUCUGCUGCUUCUCUUUGUGCACACAAAACUAACAAAUCCCUUGGUCAACAGUAUCAAAACCAUCAGCUGCUUCAAAGUCAUCAGAGUCUCGCUCCUCUCGUCAACACCCCCCCUUCACCGUUAUUCGCAAAGGAUUGGGUCCAGUCCGGGUCGAUAGCUCGCCUUCACAAUCGUGACGAUGCCGAGAUCUGGAGAGGAUGGAAGCGAUGGGUCUUCAGCCUCGUUCCCUUCCUCACGCUGGCCAACACCGGUCUCUACCUCUUCUACCUCGGUCUGCGCAUCGCCUGUAUCAUUCUAGCCCAAAAGGCAGCUGGAUACACUUACGCCGGAGCAUGGGUUUUCGUCGCUAUCGAGAUCGCUGUUGCGAUCCCCUCCUUGAUGCACAACUGCUGGACGAUGAUGGCACUGAAGAAAAGAGGCAGGCCCAAGCUGCGACUGACCGGGAACGAUGUCCCAACUGUGGACGUUUUCGUUACCUGCUGCGGAGAGCAGGACGAAGUUGUGCUGGAUACCGUCCGUGGAGCGUGCGAUCAGGACUACCCCCGCGACCGGUUCAGGGUUAUUGUCCUCGAUGACGGCAAGUCGGCCACUCUGGAAGCUGCCGUACGCCAGCUUGCCAUUACUCACCCCAAUCUCAUCUACAUGGCGCGAGAGAAGAUUCCUGGCAAACCACACCACUUCAAGGCGGGUAAUCUCAAUUAUGGCCUUGAGCAGGUGCACCGUUUGCCUGGAGGCGCCGGCCAAUUCAUGGCGGCGCUGGAUGCUGAUAUGAUCCCUGAGCAAGACUGGCUGCGUGCCGUCCUUCCUCACCUCCUCGUCGAUCCCAAGAUGGCCCUUGCAUGCCCGCCGCAGCUCUUCUACAACACCCCUCCUUCUGACCCUCUCGCACAGAGUCUGGAUUUCUUCGUGCAUGUGAUUGAGCCAAUCAAAGAUGCGAUGGGUGUCGCUUGGUGCACUGGAUCCGGCUAUGUCGUUCGACGCGAGGCCCUGGACGAGAUCGGCAACUUCCCUCUCGGUUCGUUGGCCGAAGACGUCGCAACCUCCACUUUGAUGCUCGGGAAGGGAUGGAAGACCGCGUACAUCCAUGAACCUCUCCAGUUUGGUACCGUGCCGGAAGACUUUGGCGGACAUCUCAAGCAGCGUACCCGAUGGGCGAUCGGAACUGUCGACACCGCUGUGAAGCUCAAAUUCUGUCUGUGGGGCGACAGCGUUCGACAGAUGACUGCUGCUCAGCGCUUUUCGGGAUUCCUCUACGCAACACUCAGCUUGUACACCCUGCUUCUCACGGCCUCCAUUUUCGCUAUCCCCAUUAUUCUCCUGUGGGGCAAGCAGCUUGUCGCCUAUGCGACGCAGGAGCAACUCCGUUGGCUCAUCUGGGCCUGCUUCGCCUCGACCAUUUCCAACCGAAUCUGCGAGUUCGCCCUCUUCAUCCCCGCCGGCUACCACACCGGACAGAGAGGCUCGCGCUACCAGCUCUGGAUGGCACCAUACAUUGCCCUUUGCAUUGUUCGCUCAUUCAUCCUCCCCAAAUGGCUUGGGGGCCAAACACAGGCCUUUAAGCCGACCGGCUCCCUCAGCUCGGCACUCGAAGAGCGUGAUCCGAAACAGAGGAAGAACAUGUUCGUUCGUCUGCGGGUGAUUUUGCUUAACUACAUGGCCUUCUUCCACCUUGCCUUUGUGUAUGUCACGCUCAUCGCGGUCGUCAUCUCGUCAUAUCGCUGCUUCGCGCAGGAGAGCGGCUUCCGAGAUGUCAUCCUCUGCUUGAUCACGCACGCCUUCUGGCCCCCGCUGACCUUUCUUUUCAUCUGCACUUCCCUCUGGACUCCUGUUGCUUACGCCGUCGACCCUCCGGUCAUGCCCGACCGUGAGGAUCUGCUGGUACGGGACCCCAAGACUGGGGUUGCGCAUCCGACACCCCGGAGCAAGAAGAUUGCGUUCGGUGGUCAGGCGGCCUGGUUCGAGCUGGAGUACACUGUUGCAACGGCUGCUACAAUCCUGAUCUUCGUGUACUCGUUCUUUUUCUAA